ACGCCGCUGCGUCUGCAGGCCGGGAGGCUGCUGGGGGCCGGCACCUUGCUGACAUGGCAAGGACGGGCGUGAGGAAGGGAGGCUCGCAGGGAGCGAGCAGAGAUCAGCAGUUUCGAGUUGCACGUUCGAGUUGUGCGUUUUUUUACGACACUGAGCAGACAGGCCGUAGCCGCCAGCAGUGGUGCAGCAGGGGCUGGUGUGUCGGACUGGCACGUCACCCAACGUCAGCAAGAAGAGCCACUGCACCAGCACUCACCCAGGCAGCCCCACAGGGACACCAAGGCUGGCUGCUUAUCUCCAGGUUUCAGGAGAUAAUCUACUUUUGUAAUCACGGUCAGAAAUUAAGAUGAGAGUUAUAAUGGAGCCCGUCGUACCUGAAUCUGCUUGUCCUCAUCUUGAGAACUUUUUACUUGGACAUCUGCCAAUCUUUUGGAGAAUGAUGAAGAAACAGGAGUUUCUACAUGAUCUCUUUCUGCAGUGGUCAAAGAAAUAUGGACCUAUUAUACGGGUUAAUGCAUUUCACAGAGUCUCAGUACUGAUUUUGAGUCCUGAAGGAGUGAAGGAGUUCUUGAUGUCACCAGAGUACCCCAAGGACCGUCUGGUGUACGGCCGAAUCUUCAACUUGUUCGGUGUGAGAUUUUUGGGGAAUGGCUUGGUAACGGAUCGCAACUAUGAGCAUUGGCACCAGCAGCGAAAAGUGAUGGAUCCAGCUUUCAGCAGAACCUACCUGAUUGGUAUGAUGGAAACUUUUAAUGAAAAAGCUGAGGAGCUGAUGGAGAAGCUGGAGGAAAAGGCAGAUGGAAAGACAGAGUUAAGAAUGCUGACGAUGAUGAGCCGCGUGACUUUGGAUGUCAUUGCGAAGGUGGCCUUUGGCUUGGAGUUGAAUGCGCUGAGGGAUGACCGGACGCCGUUCCCACAUGCUGUGACCAUGAUCAUGAAGGGAAUGACUGAGAUGCGCAUCCCCUUUGUGAAGUACAUGCCAGGAAAACAGAGAAUGAUAAAGGAGGUCCAGGAGAGCGUUCGGCUGCUGCGGCGUGUGGGCAAGGAGUGCAUUGAGAAGAGGAGGGAAGCCAUCCAGAGUGAGAAGGAAAUCCCAACAGAUAUUCUUGCGCAGAUACUGAAAGGAGAUGCUCUGGAGGAAACUAGAGAUGAUGAAAACAUUCUGGACAACUUUAUCACUUUCUUUGUUGCGGGUCAUGAAACCACUGCCAAUCAGUUGUCAUUUACAGUAAUGGCACUGUCUCAGCAUCCUGAAAUAAUGGAAAGCUGGUCCAGAGUGCUGCCCGGUUCCAUUGUACUGUGUGCACAUUACUGCAUCCUGAUACAAGGCACAAGUUCAGGCAGGCUGCCUGGGAAUCAAGUUCAAGCUGAAGUGGAUGAAGUCCUUGGUGCUAAGAGAGACAUUGAGUAUGAGGAUCUUGGCAAACUGAAGUACUUAUCACAGGUUCUGAAGGAAUCAAUGCGUCUGUACCCGCCUGUCCCAGGGACAGUACGCUGGACAGGGAAGGAAACUGUCAUUGAAGGUGUCAGGAUUCCUGCAAACACAACACUACUUUUCAGCACGUAUGUUAUGGGGCGGAUGGAAAGGUACUUCAAGGAUCCACUCUCUUUCAAUCCAGACCGAUUUAGCAAAGAUGCACCUAAGCCAUAUUACUCCUAUUUUCCAUUCUCACUGGGACCCCGCUCCUGUAUUGGGCAGGUGUUUGCACAGAUGGAGGCUAAAGUGGUGAUGGCAAAAUUGAUACAGAGGUUUGAAUUCCAGCUUGUACCAGGGCAGAGUUUUAAACUCUUGGACACUGGAACCCUUAGGCCACUAGAUGGAGUAAUGUGUAAGUUAAAGCCAAGGAGCCCUCCAAAAGAUCUCUAGGUGUAAAUGUUGGGAAGGUCAGCAUGAAAUGGAAGUGGUUGAGUUUCGUCAGAUUUUGAAGAUUUUCCCAGUAAUCAGAGGUUAGAUUUUUCAGGCACCUUUAGAUGAUUACUAGACAGGAAAUUUUUCUAACUUCCUCAUCAUUUACUGAAGAAAACCUUAGGAGAUUCGCUCUAGAGAUGUUUGGAAAUCUUUGACCUGGAAGCAUACUUGGAAUUGCAAAGCCUUCUGUUUUCCUGGAGGACUCUGGUUCUUACCAGGCUUUGAAAAGGACAUCCUCUCACUGAAGUAUCCCUGGGAACUCUACACAAACCUAAGAUCGUAUCCCAGCAGAUAGCUUCCACUAAUUUUAUUUACAAGACAACAUGGUCUAAGUAAGCCCUUGUGUGUGGAAUUUCAUUUUUACACAAUGAAAAAACACAGAUCAUGGGACUGAACUUAGAAAGAGAAGUUUGGAGCCAUUCUCUUGGUCAAGGUGAUUUUCCCAUCUCUGCUUUAAAUGAGAAAAAUGAUUGAGAGAAGUGAUUGGAAACAAAAAUCAGAGACUGUGAUCACUAAUUGUCCCUGUUGCUUCUGCCUCAUUUUUCUUCAGUCUCUUCUACUUCCAGUAACUGUCAGAGUGCAGAUUCACAAUCCAGGCAACACUGUUCUUGUUGGGGAGGACUUGGGUUCAUUUUGCCCUGGAUCAUUUCCCCAUCUGGCUCACUGUGAAGCUACUCCAACGCUUGGACCAGACAGUCUCAUCGCUACAGCAGGACUGGAAGUGAGUGCCUAAAGUCAGAUGCUGCUUAAACUGACCUUGCCUUGAUGAAAGGCGUGUGCAGCCUGAGCCAAAGGCAAGAGAACAUCCUGCAGCCCCUUCUGCAGCUGCUCCAAAACUGCUCAGUCUGGGCUGGCUUUCAGCCUGGCUCUGCUAUGGGAAAAAUGAUACUGUGAAAAUCCAGAAAUAUGUGGAUGCCUAAUAUGAGUUUGGGCAUAAAAUCUGUCAUGAAGUAAAGGGAAUUCAAGACCCUUAGCACUGCUGGUGAUAUCACCUUUUUGAGAGAGAGAACUCGGAACAUACACUAUCAAGUUUCUGUGGUGGUUUCCACACCAGGAGAGUGACUUCUCGGAGAUCGCUUUGGUUUGCUUGUGUUGUGCAUCACCUCAUUCAGAGCAGCAGAGGGAUAACAGGCCAUUAAGAUCAGUGCUGCUUUUGACAGCAUCAGCAGUGCUGUGCAGUAGACUAAUAUUACUUAUACCCAGAGGUAUUUGCACUGCUAGGGGUUUAGGCUGCCUGUAGUCCAGUUCUGCAACCUUUUGCUGGAAAUCUGCUCAUAUUCUCCUAUGCCUUAAUAAAACCUGAUGUGGAAACCUGG